CGCAGUCACAUCCUGCAGAGAGGGGAUCACCCGGAGCACCCGUCCCGGGACAGAGAGAGAGAGACAGAGUGGGGGCACUCUCCCACCUCAUUACCCCAGAUUGGGGAGAGAUAAACCUGAGGAACAGGGCCUCUCUAUGUUGGUCCCGAAGCUGUGGUCCAGACCAUCUACCUCCUGCUUUCUUUCAGCUGGGUGUGGUUUCCACUGACCCCGUGGCCUGGGUCCAAGACUGGGGGGGGCUAAGGUGAGCUCCGGGGGGGUGAGGGAGGCCAUGGAGCUGUCCCUCGUCAACUUUGAGAACCCAGACGACGUGGGCAUCGAAAUGGGAGACGUUUCAGUUGACUGUCCGACGGAGAUGACCACGCUCGCUCCGGGCUCGCUCAGCCGCAGACGGGGCACCAUUCAACCGAGCACGCCACCUCAUUCGCCACCGCGGGUCAGACCGGGGCAGCAGCAGGUGCCCUCACCCACCACACCUCCCGCACCAGCCAGGAGAGGUCGCCAAAGCAGCGGCAGCCUGGUGUCCAGCUGGAAGCUGCUCCUGAACAGCGAUGGGGCACAAAAUGAGAACAUCUUCAACAAGAUGGCCAAGGAGUGCUGUGAUGACCUUUUGGGUGAAAGGGAGGGUGGGAUGGACGAGGGGGAGCAGAAGGUGAUCAUUAACAUUGCUGGCCUCCGGUAUGAGACUCAGCUCAAGACCCUGAACCAGUUCCCAGAAACCCUUCUGGGGGAUGCCGUGAGAAGGAUCAACUACUUUGAUCCCAUGAGGAAUGAAUACUUCUUUGACCGCAACCGCCCCAGCUUUGACGGGAUACUGUACUACUAUCAGUCUGGGGGCAAGGUCAGGAGGCCAGCGAACGUCCCCCUGGACGUCUUCGCAGAUGAGAUCCUUUUCUACGAGCUGGGAAAUGAAGCAAUGGAGCAGUUCCGUGAAGAAGAGGGCUUUAUCAAGGAGCCAGAGGUGCUGCUGCCCACCAACGAGGUGCACCGUCAGUUCUGGCUCCUGUUUGAGUACCCCGAGAGCUCCAGCGCCGCCAGGUCGGUGGCCUUAGUGUCCGUCUUGGUCAUCGUCAUCUCCAUCGUCAUCUUCUGCCUGGAGACGCUGCCCGAGUUCCGUGAGGAUCUGGAUCUCUUGCCCGCGUACGUCCACCUCCACAACCACACCCGGGGCGGCUCCGGCCCGCUGGCCCCGGCGAGCCGCGCUCCCAAGACCCUCGCCGCGACCUUCAGCGACCCCUUCUUCCUCGUGGAGACCGUCUGCAUCAUCUGGUUCUGCUUCGAAUUCACCCUCCGCUUCGUGGUGUGCCCCAGCAAGAAGGACUUCUUCAACAACAUCAUGAACAUCAUCGACAUCGUCUCCAUCACCCCUUACUUCGUCACUCUGAUCACGGAGCGGAUGGCCACGCAAGACGCCAACGCCAGCCAGAACAUGUCGCUGGCCAUCCUGCGCAUCAUCCGGCUGGUGCGCGUCUUCCGGAUCUUCAAGCUCUCCCGGCACUCCAAGGGCCUUCAGAUCCUGGGCCAGACCCUGAAGGCCAGCAUGCGCGAGCUGGGCCUGCUCAUCUUCUUCCUCUUCAUCGGAGUCAUCCUCUUCUCCAGCGCCAUCUACUUCGCCGAGGUGGACGAGCCGGAGACGCAGUUCAUCAGCAUCCCGGAGGGCUUCUGGUGGGCCGUGGUGACGAUGACCACGGUGGGCUACGGGGACAUGUGUCCCAUCACCAUGGGGGGUAAGAUGGUGGGCACCUUGUGCGCCAUCGCCGGCGUGCUGACCAUCGCCCUGCCCGUGCCCGUCAUCGUCUCCAACUUCAACUACUUCUACCACCGAGAGACCGAGCAGGAGGACAAACAGAUCUUGGACACGGCGGUGGAGGCGGGACUUAAAAUGGGGAGUGCCGCCAAGAACGGCAGCACUGCAUCGCUCAACAAGGCCAACGGAAACUGGCAAAGUGACAAAUCCAAAAAUGGGAGGUAAAUAAAAUAAAAUAAAUAAAUAAAUAAAUAAAACUUGCAUUUUCUAUGCAGCCAACUCAACUGAACGUCAGCUGGAUUACAGUGGGAUCAGCAGUAUACUGAACAAUAAAAGGGAUUGUGCACUUCUUAAUUACAGGGAGAUGACCACACAUUGUUCAAAGAUGCAUUUAAACUUUGCUGACAAAGCUUUUUUGUGGUUUUGUCAAUUAUUGAUUCAGGUAUUUUUAGAGGAAGGCUUUUGAAUACAACUCAGGUUGUCAAACACAUACCCUACUUUGCUACAAUAUAUGAGUAUUAAAAACCUUGAAGUUAUCAAAAUGCAUGCUUUUGCAUUCUCAAGCACUUAAACUGAACCAGGAAAAUAUUUAUUUGGUUUUGGUGAGUUAUAUCAUCGUAAAAGACUGAACCAGCACUUGACUGUAAGUAAUAUUAAAUGUGAUUAAGGAAUUGUGUUGACUGAUAACAAUGCAUGGUGAAUUUAAAAUUAAAAUUUAAUGUAUG